CUCGAGCGCUGUAGCGGCACACGCGUCGCGUCGCGGAUGGCAUCGCGCGCAAUGGCUGCGUCUCUGUCUCUGUCUCGCGCUCUGAAGUUACCGGGUAAGAAGGGCUCUGAUCUGGGCGAGUAUGACCCGCUGACGCAGGCCGACAGCGAGGAUGAGACGGAGGACGACGAUCUGGUGCUGAAUUACCCUCGUAACGGUCUGAGUCCGGCGGUGGCCGAUCUGAGGGAAGAGGAGGAGUUGGAUGAGGAGGAGGAGGAGCUGAGAGAGGGGGCGGGGGCUGGGCGGGGUCAGGGCGGAGCCGCGGAGGAGAAGGCGGCGCAGGUGCGUGGGGCGGUGCGGACCGCUGUGUUCCUGCUGCCGCUGUCCUGCGCCGCGCUGCUGGUGCUGCUGUGUGCGUUCCUCAUUCCCUGCCCGCAGGGGGCGCCACAGUGGGAGAGAGAGCUGGGAGACACGGCAGGCGUGACGUCCCCUCCUGUUGCAUUGUGGGACGUGGAUGGCGACGGACUGGAGGACGUUUUGAUUGGCGUUACGAACAUCUCCAACAACAGCCAGCCAAUGAACGCACAGAGCAAAGAGUUCGGCGUGUGGGCGCUCAGCGGCGUCGGCGGGCAGCUGCUGUGGAGGAAGUCGCUCCGAGAGCCGCUGCUCUCCGUUCAGUGUGGACUGCAGACAGGAAGUUCAGAUCCGCUGCGCUGGAGAGAGACGCUGGACUCGUGCGCCUGUGUCCUGAUGAGCUCUGGUCACAUGAUCACCGUCAACGCCUCCACAGGACGGACGUGCUGGACAGUGGCUGUACGAGAUGUAGAGUCUCACGCCGUCCUGCUGCCGGAUCUGCAGGGAGACAACUUUCCAGACCUGCUGAUCGCAACACUGCCAGCGGACCAGGUGUCUGAUCUGGCUCUGGUCCUGAUCUCCGGCCGCUCGGGCGCUCUGAUUGGCCGGCCGGUGAACUUUAACCUCACGGCUCAGGGGAAGCUGAUUGGUCCGCUGCUGCACGAGACGCAAAUGGGAGCCUAUUAUGUGCUGUUUGGACUGGGUACGGUGGAGGCCGUCUCUCUCUCACACAUCUACAGUAGAGCGACGGGUCAGACGGCGGCGUCUCGAGUGCAACUGAAGGAGCCCAGCUGGGAGCGUCUGAGGAAGAGCAUUUCGUCUUCACUCAUUCACAUCAGCAGCGGCUCUGAGCAGGUGGAGUUCCUGCUCCCUCUGGUGGCCGGCUCGUGUCAGAAGCACAGUAAUCUGGAGCUGAACUGCAGCCGCAGCGACUGGAUCCUGCUGUCACAGUAA